AUGCGAAGUGAAGGCCAGCGUUUGACGGUGCAUCUGAAGGCAAUUAUCACCGAGUGCGAGCGGUUGAAAGUUAUUUAUUGUCACGCAAUCGACCAGCUCGAGACGUACACGCUACCAAAUCUCUCACCACAAUCGGCUGGACAGUGGUUUCAAAUGUAUCUCCGUGUGAUGGACAUAGGGAUACAAAUUCGACGUGGUGAGAUUCGUCAUCGCACGUCACAAUGUUUUACGUACUCAUGCAUGCAUAAGACUGGUAUUAAAGGAGCUAUGCAUUCAGGUCUGAGUAUCGACGAUGGCAAUGCUAUUUACAAGCUCAUGGACGACCGGAAACUCGUGAAGGAAAGCCGACUGGAUGGCUGGUUUAUCAAGAUUGACGGAUUAGAUCGAGACGACAUUGGUCCAUUAGACAAGAGACUUACGGGAUGUCUCGAGGACUUUCGUAGACGUAAUAGCGUCUUUUACGAGCGGCUUGAAGUGACGGGAGAGGACCCACAUGAAAAAUUGCUGGUCCUAGGAGAACCUGCUUCUCGUGUUGUGGUGAAGGUCACGCGGACAUGCUUUGGGCCAACGAAUUGUUCCUGCAAGGAAGAUGCACAACCUUGGGAGGAAUUCAGUCUUACAACGGGUGACCUGCACGCGCGGAACUUAGUGUCGACAGGGUUGGACACCAAUGCCGAGGCAGUACAGGUACAUGAGGUGGGCAUUAUGGAUAUCAAGCGACAAAUGGGUUUUGGACAGCUAUCGCGUGAGGAAAAGCACCAGGAUGCAGCGGCACUUGCACGUGACGCGGCCGAAUUAACUCAAAGUCGGAGAAUCUAUGGACAAAGUGGUGCUGCUUCGGUUGGACUACGUCCACCACCAUCGGCACGAAGCAUCUACCAAAAACGAUGCGUAGAGAUUGGGUGCAAACCAAAGCCAUUGAUCGAUGCAGCACUGGCAGUGAAGAACAGAGCACAUUAUAUAGACUUGUCUGGCAUCGGUUUCCAUUCAGCGGACGAUCUCCUAGACUUGGUGGACAUUUUUGCUUCUUCUGGCCUGCCUCCUGUAAAGGAGGUAAAUGUGUCGAACGGAUUCUUCAAUGCUGCAGCUUUCCAAGUACUCUGCCAGUUUUUGCGAUUGCCAGUGCUUCGUCAAACUGUCGAGCGACUUAGCUUUCGAAGCAUUGCUCUUCCACAACCAGCCGAUAUUGCUGUCCUCAUGCAACUUUUGACCGGUGAUAACUCUUCGAUUGGAUCCCUUCCAGCACUUGAUAGCUUGAAGACAUUGGAAUUGUCGUUUAAUACGUUGUGGGGUGAAGGCGCAGCCUGCCUCCGGCCUUUGCUCGCUAGUCUCAAAGGACUAAAGAAUCUCUCGCUGGAAUCCUGUUUUCCAGAGCCGGUUAUAUCAUCUGACGCGACAGUUUGCUCUAGUGAUGAAAAAUGGACAGAGGAGAAUGUACGCGUCGUACUGACCGAGGUAAGCAGUCGACUCCAGUGCCUGAAUUUCGGCUCAAACUAUAUUGCUACUGGAUCACGCUGGCUGGAUGCUAUCUUCACACCUGAAAGUACUUUACAAAAGCUAGAAUUGCAGGGAAUCACCGGCAUCUCGAAUCAUAACACCGAAACAAUGGAAGCAGAUUGGCAAGCACGAGAAAUCUGGGACUUGCAGCAGGUAGAAACAUUGUCAUGGUCGUCUUCCGUCGGUGUGUAUACAGACAAGUUAUUGCACAGUUUGUCUGCUGAGUUACAAGGCGGGUUUGCACAACUGAAGCAUCUCGAGAUGAAAGUUAAUAUCACGACUGGGCAAGAUGGAAAAAGUCAAGCUGCCAGAAAAGUCGCGGAUACAAUCACACGUAUUGCCGACUAUGGGGUAUUGAAGUCAUGCCACAUUUGCUGCUAUAGUCGAGAUGAGGCCAUCUCGCACAAUUUGAACGCAUCAAUGACGAAACUUUUGGAAAAUGGACUACACGAAUGUGAGGUUUUGACGUUGCGUAUACCACAGCUGUAUCUAGAAUCGGGAGUGAUAUGUGACCUCUUGUCAUCUGCACACGCUUCCAAGAUGCAAAAGAUGACGUUGGCCGUCGGGAUUGCUGCCAAAGACCACGUAGAACCGACUUUUGAUUUGUGCUUUCUUCAACUACAAGCAGCUCAAGAAAUUACGCUGGAACUUCACGCCGCAGUCGACAAAGAAAGUGAGGCUAGAUUAUAUGCGUUGGCAAGAAACUUGGAGGCGUCUUGGCUUGGCCUCAGUUCACCUUCUGGCAAUUCUUCGCACGAUAAGAAGCGUCCAUUUAAUGUUGUGAACGGAAAACCGAACCGUUCCAUUGUUUUGUCCGAGCAACGAAAAGCGAACAAACAAAUUUAUCGAAUUCGCUUUAUGGCCGCGUCAGUUCCACGAUAA